AUGAAGUACGUCCCUUCACCGCAGGCGCUUCGGCUCCUGUCAGGCCUCGCGCGGGGCCAUACACCCGCAACCGCCCCGUUCUUCUUCAGACCUGCCACCGCUGCGGCGUCCUUUCUCCGUACAGGCCGGCAGCACUUCCACGCGACGACGCGGCUCGAGAAAACAGAAACACACAUCUUGUCGGAUAUCGGCGAGGGAGUCAAAGAAGUGCAGAUCAUACAGUGGUUCGUGGAAGAAGGGGCACCCAUUGAAGAAUGGAGUCCGUUGUGUGAGGUUCAGAGCGACAAGGCCUCGGUCGAGAUUACUUCGAAAUAUACGGGCGUCAUCAAGAAGUUACACUUUGCCCAAGACGCCGUGGUCCAAGUCGGAGACCCUCUUUUGGACAUAGAGGUCGAAGGCAGUGACGACGCUGGUGGUGAUCAAAAUCUAGCACAGGCAGGAACGGCGGACGCCGAUGAGACUACAGACCACGAGCAGACCGCAGAGGGCGGUGGCCAGGUAGUAGAGGGAUCGCAGGAGGAAACAAAGGGUGAAGCAUCAUCCGGCCAGAUCGUUGCACAGCCCAAGACGCCUGGAAAGCACUCUUCGCUUGCGACACCGUCCGUGAGAGGGCUUUUGAAGGAACACGGCUUAGCAAUAGAAGAAAUCACGGGCACGGGCAAGGACGGCAGAGUACUCAAGGAAGAUGUAUACAAGCAUCUGGAGACGUCUUCGAAAUCAUCUCCUGCAUCGGUAUCGACCUCGACACCGCCGAAGCCAAGCAUCGACGGCACACAGACGGAGACACCGCAGAGACUCACACCGGUCCAGUCCGCCAUGUUCAAAAGCAUGACCGGCUCUCUUUCGAUACCCCAUUUCUUGUAUUCUGACACCAUCGACAUCUCGAAUCUGGCAGCCAUGCGGACUCGACUGAAUUCAACCAGGAGGCCAGAUACGCCGAAACUGACGUAUAUGCCUUUCAUCAUUAAGGCAGUCUCGCUCGCGCUGAGCCAGUACCCCUUGCUCAACGCCCGGCUGGACCUCAAUAGCGAAGGUACAGGAAAGCCGCAGCUCAUCAUGAGGAAUGUGCAUAAUAUCGGGGUAGCGAUGGAUACACCAAGUGGCCUGAUUGUUCCCGUUGUCAAGAAUGUUCAAGCUCGAUCAAUUGCAGACAUAGCACACGAGGUCCAGCGUCUCGCAGCACUUGGCCAGGCGAGCAAACUGAGCCAGACUGACCUCACCGGUGGGACCAUCACCGUCAGUAACAUAGGCAAUAUUGGUGGCGAGACAGUAGCCCCGGUGAUCGUCGAGGGGCAGUUAGCGAUUAUGGGUAUCGGUAAGAUCAAGAAGAUACCUGUUUUUGCAGAGGACGGUGUCACUAUCCGUCCUGCGCAAGUCGUCAGUAUGAGUUGGAGUGCUGAUCACAGAGUUGUCGACGGGGCUACCAUGGCCCGAAUGGCCACCGUUGUCCAGAGGUACCUCGAGGAGCCAGGGAGUAUGAUUGUUGACUUGAGCUAG